AUGAUGUCUCCGGAGAGUAAUGGUGAGCAGGAGCACGGUACGAUGUUUCCGGUGAGUGUUGUCAGCUCCUCACCAAUGGCCAUCAAAAGGAUGCGUUUUGCUAGUGUCGAUGAGGACGCAAGUCACGGGUCGAGUGUGUCGGAUGUGAGUAAAGCGCUCAACUAUCACGCCGCCAACAACAGUGGUGCCGGUGCAUGCGCAAAGGAUCCGUCCAACAGUGGUGACGCGUUCGAGGACGACGAGUACGAUGGGGCCACCGCACACGAGUGUACGGCCGGAAGUGAUCGCAGCAGCAGUAGUUGCACGACAGUGAUCUAUGGUGCUGGUGGCAAGUGUACGGAACCGAUCGAUAACAAUAACAGUCCGCUGAGUGGCAAUAACAACAAUCGGAACGUUAUUAGUGGCAGUGGUACGAGUGGCAGUGUUGGAAGUGUUAGCGGUGACAUUGGUGGGAUUCUACAUAACAAUAACAACUCGAUCAAGACACGGUUGGGUGAGAUGGAGGAGGCUAAACUGGUGGAGUUAAGCAAGUUUUUCGCGGACAGUGAGAAGGACGAAAAUAUGGCGACGAUCCUGGAGCUGUUGCAUGAUAACUACGGUUUAAUCCAGCUCUACUCAUCCGGUUACGAGUGUAAACAUGAUAAAUGCCUUUACGAAAACCUGCACGAACAUUUCCACUGUCACGAUACGUUCUGUCGGGGGAAAGUUUUGUACAAGAAGUACGAAAUCAUUCGUCAUCUCAAGUGGCACAAGAAGCGGAAAGAGUCACUUAAGUACGGGUUCUACCGAUUCUCAUCGUCGGACGAUUGCAGCAUACAGUACGGGGCGUGUCAGCAUAAUCAUAAGCAUACGCACUACCACUGUGUGCACGACAACUGUGAUAAGGUGUACAUUAGCACGAGCGAUGUCCAGAUGCACGCCAACUACCACCGGAAGCAUGAGGCGAUCGUAAAGAAUGGAUUUCAACGCUUUCGGGCGACAGAAGACUGCAGUACGGAUUACUGUAUGUUCCGGGCGCAACGGACGACACAUUUCCACUGUCGGCGGGAGAACUGCAAAUAUACCUUCAAAAACAAAGCUGAUAUGGAGAAACACAAAACGUACCAUCUGAAGGAUGAGAUGCUGCUGAAGGAUGGUUACAAAAAGUUCCUUAAGACGGAAGAUUGCACCUACAAGGACUGUCGGUUUUCACGCGUUUGCAAUCACAUUCACUGUAUGCAUGAGAACUGUCACUAUGUGCUACAUUCGAGCGGACAGCUACUAAGCCAUAAGCGGAAGCACGAGCGAAUGGACACGGAGGUAGACUAUAGGCGAUAUCAGAUGGCACGCAAUCUGCUUACCAAAUUUAACCAAAGUAAGACGGAUGAGAGUACCAAGUCGGUUGGAGAUGUAACGGCCGGUGUUCCAGAACGAUCACCUGUGAGGGACGAUGAAACAAGAAUAUCUCCAGGUCCCACGAUGAGUCAGGAAGGAACGGUGAAGAAUCCUUUCCUCGAGCUACUAGCGGUGAUGGCUGAGAUCACCUUCCGCACAUUACCGUUGCAGAUGAUGUAUCAGAUGCGGCUGCAGAUGUUGCAGCAGAUGAGCUACGAGCAAGUAUUUGCACUGGAUAAUGUAGAGAUGCUACGAAACCUAAGCGUGAUGGGAAAUAUUGAAGAGACUUACCUGCAUCAGCUAUACGGAAGUAGAUUAAUGGAUGGUCCACUAACAGAAGGCCCAAACAAUAGUCAACAGCACAGUCCUGUAAGCUAUGCACAUGAAAAACCACCUCCUGCGAAACGGAAAUAUAAGCCGCAAGAAUUAACUUCAGAUCAGCUUGAACCUCCCACGGACAUUCCUGUGUAUAUGAAGAAAGAGUCAAUUAGUAGUACACCUACUCGAUCGAAGUUACUCUCCAAUCCUACGGUAGACUAUCGUUUGCUUAAGCAGGAAGACUCUACUCCAUCGCAAACCGCAACAUCCUCGAGCGCAAUCGAAUCCCCAGCAGGCGUAGAUCGUGAUCGUGCGUUACUGGAGACGGCCAAUUUCCUGCAGUUUAGUUCGAGUAAAACACUCUUCAAUCGGAAGCGAGGACGUCCACGGAAGAACCACGUCAUGGAGGUGUACAAUAAUGUACAGGAUUCACCGCAAGCCAUCUUUACUAGCUUCAAGCUGGAGAAGAAUGAUCCACGAUCUACGGUCACCUCUGAAGUACAAUCGGCCAAUGUGCUCGCAACGAUGGGUGAUACGGAACGUAAUGAAGCGCUGGAUGCUGGCAGAGGUCUCUGUCCACCAGCUGGAACAGUCACCGUUAAGAAUCAAGCUCAGCAGCAGUAUGUACCGAGUGGUGUUGGUUACAUGGGGUCGAACAGUGGAACAACGUCUCAUCUGGGCGGACUUGACUCGGCGGCAAUCUUUGGCAACUUUUCCCAGUUGCUAGAGCGUCAUAUGCGAGAGGUACCGCAGAACAUGGAUGCUGUUCCACAGGAGAAGGCCCGAAACCACCUCAAGUGUGUCGUCUGUCGGAAUCUGUUUGAAACGUUUGCGGACAUUAAGAACCACGAAUGUCGUGGUGAUCGUGCUGCACUGGAUAAACCCCUGCUAGCGUUUCCACCAGCUCUAGCACAUCACACCACCCAGUCGGCACUGGAUUACAGAAGUCCAACCUUUCCCGCGAUAGACGGACCAUCCCAAUUGUCUCGUAUUGCAGCAGUACCUUCAUCGUUGACUUCUGGCGGCCCUCAGCAAGCGAGAGAUUCUGUGUCAUUAGUAAAAACGGCCGGUACCUUCUUUCCGGAUGUAAAUGCAAACAAACUCAAGUAUGCGUAAGGUGUG